UGAAUUAGGUUCUGUGGUUUAAUCCGUGUAAAUUCCCAGUUACGGAUUAGGAUUUUAAAUUUCGCAAAAUCACGUCCGCCCGAUGGGAAUAGACAAGUGUCCGGUAGAAAGAAAGGACAGGUAACAAAUGCCAACCUAAGUGCCCGUUCCUCCGAAAAGAUUUAUUUUUAAUUUGGUAACUCUGUUCGUUUGUGACGUGGUUUUCACACAGUAAAAUCGUGUCGAUAAGCAAUAGAUGGCAAUGGAGGCGAACGCGGCCGACGAAUUUACGCCCAGAAAUUACCAACUGGAACUGAUGGAGAUCGCGUUGAAGAAAAACACGAUAAUUUAUUUGCCGACCGGCUCCGGCAAGACGUUUAUCGCUGUGCUGGUGCUCAAGCAAAUGGGCCACAGCCUCGCCAAGUCGUACAGUGAGGGGGGCAAGCUGUCCUUUGUUCUCGUGAAUACCGUCACCUUGAUCGAUCAGCACGCCAAAGUGAUCGAGAAAAGGACUUGCUUCAAGGUGGGCCGCUACUCUGGCGAGAUGAACCUGGAUGGUUGGCCCAAGUCCAAGUGGCUCCAGGAAUUCAACAAGCACCAGGUUAUCGUUAUGACCGUCCAGAUACUCGCCAACCUGACUAUUUCCGGCUUUAUAGAUUUGAAUAAGGUCAAUCUGUUGGUGUUUGACGAGUGCCAUCGCGGCGUGAACGAUCAACCGAUGAGACAGCUGUGCAAGCUUUUCGAGCACCUGCACGACAAACCGAGAGUGCUGGGCAUGACGGCGACCCUAUUGAACGGCAAUUGCAAACCGUCCAAGGUGAUAGAGAACGUGAGGGCUUUGGAGGUCACCUAUCACGGUCAGGUCGCGACCGUCGACGGUCUCGCCAAGGUGGUGGGCUACUCGACCAACCCCACCGAGAACAUCCUCGAGGUGUCUCGUCACGUGCCGACCGCCGCCGAAAUCAACGUCAAGCAUCACUUGAGCUACGUCAUCGACGUUAUCAGGAGUUUCAAGGUGCCGGUGGCCGUGGUGGAGCCGCCGUCCACCGGAUUGAUGCCAUUGAACAAGAACCGCGGGCUCAAGCAGUUGGAGAACCUGAUCCAAGAUAUUAUUCUGCAAAUUGACUGGUUGGGGGCGUACGGGGGCUGCGAGGCGCUGCUGGCGCACGCGAUACAAGUGGAGAGGAUCAGCAAACACUGCGAAGAGAUCGAGACCUGUCGGAUGCUCAAGUACGUCCAGACGAUGCUCAGCUACUGCAGGGAGAUAUUGCAGCGAGCGAUGAGUGGCCACUCGGAGUACGAGAAGAUCGUUUUGUUCUCGUCGGACAAGAUGAGAAAAUUGAUCGGCCUCUUCGAGCAUUACCCGAAAACGUCGCAGGACCUGAGCGCGCUCAUAUUCACCAAACGUCGCUUCACGGCGAAGGUGAUCUACUACGUUUUGAACAGCCUGAGCAAGGCUUCGCCCGACCUCGCCUACAUCAAGGCGAAUUUCCUCGUCGGGAACAACUCGAACCCUUAUUCGAACACGAGGGAGGGGAUGUACCUUUCGAAAAGGGGCCGCGAGAUCCUGCAACAGUUCGACAACAAUGACCUGAACGUGUUGGUCGCAUCGAACGUACUGGAGGAGGGCGUGGACAUCGGGACGUGCUCGUUGGUGGUCAAAUUCGAAAUGCCCGAGGAGUAUCGCUCUUACAUCCAGUCGAAAGGACGUGCCAGGAACAAAUCCAGCAGGUACGUGAUGCUGGUCGACGCGGACGCGAUGGACAAGUUCAUGGCACGGUACCGGGAGUACCAACAGAUCGAGGGCAUCCUCAACGACCUCCUUAUCGGUGAGAACCUGAAUCGCAGCGAGCCUUCGGACGCCGACCUCAGCGACCUCUACCAGGAGGACUGUCUGCGUCCGUACUUCGUCGACUCGAGUCCGAAUUCCGCGCGGGUCACGUCUACCUCCGCCAUAUCGUUGCUGGCCACGUACUGUCAGAGUCUGCCGUCCGACAAGUACACCGACCACGCCCCCGAGCUGUUUUACCAAAAGAAACUGAACGGAGACGGCAGGCAGUUGUGCAGCGUCGUCAUCCGGAUGCCCAUCAUUUGCCCCAUCGACGUGGUCACCGGCCCCUUCAUGCCCGGACUAAAGCUGGCGAAGCGCGCCGCCGCAUUGAAGACGUGCGAGAUGCUUCACAAGUGCGGCGAGUUGGACGAUUCGCUGGCGCCGCGCAAGAGGCGCGUGCCCGAAGAGGACGUCGGGUUCCUUUUCGCGCAUUAUCCCGCCGUCAAAGAGCCCGACGCUGGCACCAACAAACGGAAACGCCUUCACAGGCACGUGAUCCCCCCGUGCGUCACGGGGGCGUUGCCCCUCGCCGACCGGGUUUACCUCCACAUCAUCGAGCUGAGGCCGAUGUUCGCGCGGAGCGAGAACGUUAAUACGGCCGCCAUAUUCGACAUGUACGACUCGGACCUCUGCUACGGCGUCAUCACGCCGAAACCGGCGCCCACCGUAUGCGAUUUCCCAGUGUACGUGUCGCAAGGCACGUUGUCCGUCUCUUUGCGGGUCAACGCGUCAUGUGUCCGUCUCGACGCCGGCGACAUCGAUGACGUCAAGGCGUUUAACGUCCUCGUCUACGCCGACAUGCUGCGUUGCCUGAAAGAGUUCCUCGUGGUCGACAAUUCCGACGGCGGAGAGUCCAUGUGGAUCGUGCCCGUCGACAGGAAGCGAGGCGCAGUCGACUUCGGCGUCCUCAAACGCUACAAGAAGAUCGAAGAAGUCGCCGAGCCGAGCCACGAGGAAAAGUCGAACCUGGAGGUCGACCUCGACGGGUACCUGAGGAAGAUCGUCGCACCUUGGUACAGAGACACCGGGUUCUACCUCGUGACUGAGGUGACCUUCGGGAAAACAGCCUGGAGCGAGUUCCCGAACGAAUCGUUCGCGACGUACGAGGACUACUUCAGGGAAAAGCACAACCUGCAGCUGGCCAAGCCCGAGCUGCCUCUCCUCUACGUCAAGGCGUUGUCGCAGCGUCGCAACUGUUACAAGCCACGCGGCGACUCGAAAAAGGGGCGGGACGACAAGUUCGACGAGCUCGAGAUCCACCUGGUGCCCGAGCUCGUCGUCAGGCAGGACUUUCCGGCGCCGCUCUGGCUCCAGGCCGCGUUGCUGCCGACCGUCCUCUCGCGGUUGUCCUUCCUGUUCCGUCUGGAGCUAUUGAGGUCGACGAUCGCGAGGGAGGCGGGGCUCGGGCGGGACGUCGUCUUCGUCAAGACGCCGCUCGAACUCGACCGCCAUCUGCUGAAUUACGAGCCGCGCGUCGCAGGAACGAAGGAAACGACGGCGAGGGCGUCGUCCGUAAAUGGGUUCGAGGUGACCCAAUUGCCCGCCCUCAACGUUCACAAGGACUACGCGCACCGGGUGCUCGAACGCGACUACCCGUGGAAGGACAUCGAGGAGCCGAAGGACGUGGAGCGCGACAUCGACGAUGUCACCGUCAUGGACGUCGAGUACUACGAAAAGUUCAUCGGGACGACGCUCCGCGAGGGCGACGUCCACUUGAAAAACGAUAGGGCGGCGAAGGGCGGCAACCGUCUCGCCCUCACCUACCACAAGGACUACGCGUUCCGGCCGAUCGGGCUGCUGGAACGCGAAGCCGUCGCCGAAGGGCCCGAGCUGGCCGUCAUCUACAAGGCGGCCACGACCGCGAAAGCGAACGACGUCGUCAACAUGGAGCGGCUCGAGACGCUCGGCGACUCGUUCCUGAAGAUGUUCGCGACGAUCUACAUCUACCUGAGAUUCUCGUCGUACAACGAGGGCCUGUCGACGACCCUAAAGGGUCGUCUGAUCAGCAACAAGAACCUGUACUACUUGGGAAAGCUGAAACACAUCGCCGCCACCUUGAAAAACGCCGAUCUUCAGCUUUCGAAUUGGCUGCCGCCCGGUUUCAAGAUCCCCGAAUUGGUGACGAGUCGGAUUGGGAACGGGGAAGCGGCGCUCGCCUCCCUCUACCACGUCUGGAUCCCCGUGGACGAGCAGACGUCGGGGACGCUCUCCGCCGAGACGGUCGCCGCCAUCAUCGAAGACCGCACCGAACCCGACCCCAGCGAGGACGGGCUUAUCAACGAGAUAGCGCCAUUCUUCAGGUCGAACCACGUCGGCGACAAGCAGGUGGCCGAUUGCGUGGAGGCCCUCCUCGGCGCCUAUUUCGAGUGUUGCGGCAUCGCGGGGGGCCUCAAAUUCCUCGAGUGGGUGGGCGUGGUGCCGCCGUCGGAACGUCUAGCCGACCUCCUCGACGCCGAGCCCGCAGACCCGAUCUUAAGGCCGGAAAAGACGACGGUCGCGGAAGUGGUGCGUCACGUGCCGUUGUGCGCGGAAAUCGAGGCGACGCUCGGGUACCGUUUCCGGAACCGCGGGUACCUGCUGCAAGCGCUGACGCACGCCUCGUAUUCGACCAAUCGGAUCACGCAGUCGUACGAGAAGCUCGAGUUCGUCGGCGACGCGGUGCUCGACUUUUUGAUCACGUGUCACAUCUACGAAUCGUGCGGAAACUUGUCGCCCGGGGAAUUGACCGAUUUGAGAUCCGCCCUGGUCAACAACAACACGUUCGCCACCCUGACGGUCAAGUAUAACCUGCACAAGCAUCUGCUGCUGACCAGCAGCAAGCUGCAGGGGUUGGUGGACACGUUCGCCGGCUACGUGGAGGCGAAGGGCUUCGAGGUCGACGACGAGGUGCUCUCGUGGCUGACGGAGGGCGUCGACGACGACGACCGCCUCAACAUCGCCGAGUACAUCGACGUGCCCAAAGUACUGGGCGAUUUAUUUGAAUCGGUGGCGGGAGCGAUAUAUCUGGACAGCGGAAAGGACCUGAGGCAGGUGUGGUCCGUGUUCCAUCGACUGAUGUGGAAAGAACUUGAAGCGUUUAGCGCGAACGUCCCGAAAAAUCUGGUCCGCCGUCUGUACGAGUGGGCCCCGAAUCCGCACCCCAUUUUCGGCAAGCCCGUGGACGUGCAGAAAGGCAAGGUGAUGGUGCCACUAGAGUUUAUGACGAACGGGCACAUGCAAAGGGUCCAUGGGUUCGGAUCAAACAAGGCCCUCGCGAAGAAGGCGGCCGCCAAGCUAGCCCUGCGUUUCCUCAGCUGAACGACGCCAGUUUUACAUUACAAAUGUUUGUUAAGUUUUUUUAUAUAUUUGAUAUAAUAAAGUUUCAACUAUU